UUUACAUUUCUUCUCCUACCAUUUCAGGUUUCUCAUUCUCUCAUCAUCAGCAGCUGCAUGCCAACCUCUGCAACUUCCAAACUACCCACCAACAUGUCCUUUUUUGGCUCUCACUUUUCACCUCUUACCCUGGCAUCUUUUGUCACCUCUCUCUUCUUCCACUCUUUCAUGUUCCGCACAUCAAAACAAAGGCAAAGUCUUCAGCUUUCACCUCUUUCUUGAACCCUUGAAAAAACUUGAAAUUUUCCAAGAAGGAUCCUGUUUUGAUGCUAAAUAUAGUGAGUUUAAGUCUAAAGAGAAGUGCCCAUUUUGCGGUUUGCUUAAUGAUUCUCUUAGUUCAGUCAGUCAAAGCCAUAUCUUGGUCCCUUUUGGUUCUUUCAAGCUUGGACUUCAGUUUUCUUGGGUUUAUCUCUGAUCUACUUGCAGAUCUUCAAGUAUCAGCUUUUACUGAGUUCUGGUCAGUUUUUUCUAAUACCCCUCUGUUGUUUGGUAGAAUUCUUUGAAAUUUCAGCUGGAGAUUCAUGGUGGCAUCUUUGGGGUUAGUGUCAGUUAAUUGUAGCUUUGAUUGAAUGCAAAAAGCUUAUUUUUUGUUCAUUUUGAAGGUGGCCUAGUCAGCUGGAUAUUUUCUAUUCAAGCAUUUGUAACUUAUUUGAGGGAUCCAUUGUUAGGUAGUUGGAGUUUCUGAUCUUUUAGAUAGUCAAUCGUUUAUCUUCUGUAAAUUUUAGUCAGUUUUGUGAGAUACCCAGUUCUUCUUCUUUUUUGAGUCAUUCCACGUUUUGGUUUGGGCUAGAGGGAUCCUUUUAAAGGUAAUAACUUGUUGCCAUAUUCUAGCUAUCUUCUGGAUGAUUGUAUGGUGGUUGUCAUUUUGGCAGCUAAUUUACUUGUGUUAAAACCCUUUUCCUAUUUUAUUGGGAAUCUUUAGUUAUGUGAAUAGGUAGUCAAGCAGAUUCUGCAUUGCAAAUCUCCUCUUGGUGCUUUAUAUGAAAAUGUCUGGAAAUGGUCAUUGUUUCACCGAGUGGAAGGAGGAAUUUGUUUCCCAGGAGCGUGGUAACCGUGUGGUUCACUAUUUCUUGAAGGAUUCUGCUGGGGAAUCCAUCCGUGCAGUUAUUGGUACUGAGAGGAGUGUUAGGCACAUGUUUUAUGUUGUUGCUGAGGAGUUUGUGAGGGUAUAUGGGGCAGAGCAUUCAAUUCAUGCUGGUUUCAAAUGGAGGUCGAGAAGAGAGGUUGUGGAUUGGCUUACAUCUAUGCUCUCAAAGCAGCAUCUGCAGGGAGAUCGAUCUAAGUCACCAAAACAUGAAGCGCUGCUAGCUUUGGCAUCUCCUGAUUGUGCAAUGAACGAGAUUAGUGCUCGGAAGGCCCAAGCACUGGAUGAUAUGAGCCAUCUUUCGAGAAAUUGGAAUGGACCAAGUUCAGAUAUUGUGUGGUCAGGCACUGCUUGGACAUGUGGUAAACAGCUCAAACAUUUCCCAGCAUUUGGCCGCAAUGGGACCACAAUAGCGGUUCAGUCCUUUGUCUUUGUCAUGGCUAAAGGAGAGAAUCACUACCUUGCUUACUUGGAGGACAUGUAUGAAGACAAGCGAGGCCAGAAGAAGGUUAAAGUGAGGUGGUUUCACCAUACUAAGGAAGUCAAGGGUGUUGUCCCUGUAAGGAAUCCUCAUCCAAAAGAAGUUUUUAUCACACCUUAUUCACAGGUCAUUAGUGCAGAGUGUGUUGAUGGUCUUGCCAGUGUCUUAACUCGUGAGCACUAUGAGAAAUGCUCAGCUGUGUUUCCUGAUGCUUUAUUAGCCAGAGUGCAUGUGUGCUCUAGGCAGUUCAGAAGUAAUAAAGUGAAGCCAUUCGAUUUGAGUAAAUUGCGCGGCUAUUUUGAUCAACCAAUACUGUCAUGUUUGAAUUCCAGUAUGUUCUCAGAGCCUGACUCCAUGAGCCAUGGCCUAAAUGAAGAAGGGGAGGAAGAACUAAGUCCCAGUGAAAAUGUAAAGCUGGGAAAUAAGAGGACCAGAACUAAUAGAAAGAGUCAACGGUUUGUGACAGAUCAUUCAGGAAACAGGAUAUCUGGCAACCACUUGAUGACUUAUGAAACUUCAUACAAGAAAAUAAAAUAUGCCUUGUCUGGCAAGAGUUUGCUUUCCCUCAAGCAUGUUGAGUGUCAACCAUGGUAUGGCUCAGUUUUCAAGGUUGAUGAAAAGAUAGAGUUACUGUGCCAAGAUAGUGGCAUUCGAGGCUGCUGGUUCAGAUGUACAGUCUUGCAAGUAUCAAGGAAACAGAUGAAGGUUAAAUAUAAUGAUGUGCAGGAUGAAGAUGGAUAUGGCAAGCUUGAGGAAUGGAUCCCAAUUUUCAAGCUUGCUAUGCCUGACAAACUUGGCAUGAGAUACUCAGGCCGCCGAACAAUUCGACCUGCUCCUCCUAGCUCUGAAACAGCACUUGCUCUUGAGGUUGGGUCUGCUGUUGAUGCAUGGUGGAGCGAUGGGUGGUGGGAAGGAGUUGUAACUGGAGUCAACAGCAGUGGUGAUGAUAAUCUGCAAGUUUACUUUCCUGGUGAAAAUCUAUUCCUGAGCAUACAUAAAAAGGAUCUAAGAAUUUCCAGAGAUUGGGAUGGGGACCACUGGAUUGAUAUUGAGGCCAGACCUGAUAUGCUCUCUCUGAUAUCUACUGCCAUUAGCCCAGACAUGGACACCAAAGUUUCCAUGUCCUCUACUGUUGUCAUGGAUGCCAAGUUUGACGGCAGCACAAUGCCAAUGGAAGUUGUUGCUGCCAAAACUACACUCAAUGUUGUUCACGGGGAAAAGCCUGAAUUAGCUAUUCAGGACUGUUCUGGUGUUAAGGAGCUUCAAUCAUCAAAAGAUGAAAAAGAGGGGGAUGGUAGUGAUUUUAAGAAGCCUCCACCAUCAGAAAAUGGCGAUAAUGAUGGAAAUGCUGAUGAUGCAAACACCAUUCAUGAUAAACUGAAUGAUGUGGAUGGUAAUGACAAAAACAACAAUGGCAACAACAGCAAUGAUGAUAAGGAAGGCAAGCUAGAGACGGAGAAUGACAUGGAGCAGGAUUGUAAAUCUACGGAACUCGUGGAAGUGACAACUUAGAAUGUUUUCAAAGGGGAGUUUUUGAUGCAACUGAUUCUUUUGUAACGGGGAUGUUGGUACUAAUGUCGACUAACCACAGCUUAAGUUAGUUAAGGCCCCUUGUAAAUAGUGACGCAGGCGUAGUGCAAAGUCAUUGUGUUUUGUGUUUGACUUGGUGGCCUUGGUCAGUGUACAGUAACCAGGUUAGUUUUUUAUUGGUUUCUGUUUGUAAUUGUUUGUAUUAGACAUAGGAUUCUUGUUGAAAGAUCUUUGGUCAGGAGCUCCUCUAAAAUGGAGUAAGUUCUUCGCUCAGUUUCAUAGUCACGGGCUUUGCUUGUAUCUUUGUAAACCCAAAUCUCUAUUCUCUUAUAAUGAGAAUCAUGUUUUCUUGACUU